AUCGAGCUCGGUCAGAUUUUGCUGCUCGGCACAUAGGAAUGUCAGAAUCAAAGCUCGUUGACUCGUUGAACCGGCUCUCGGUAAAUAAUGGGAGCACAGUUGCGUCUGGCAGACAGCAAUUACUGCGUCUUGCUGUUUCCAACCAAAUGCACGCAAACAACAAUUCGUCGACCAGUGCAGACGCUUUGAGAGAACGCCAAGAAAGACACUACUCGCUUUCAUCCGACGGAAACAACAACAGCAGUAAACCGUUGCGGAAUUUUCAUUUAGGAAUGUUCGAAAUUGGCAAACCUUUGGGAAAAGGAAAGUUUGGUCGCGUCUACUUGGCCAAGGAGAAGAAAACAGGCUAUGUGGUCGCCUUGAAAACACUUCACAAGGAAGAAUUGGUGCACUCAAAGGUGGAACGUCAAGUACGGCGCGAAAUUGAAAUUCAAUCGAACUUGCGACACAAAAAUAUUCUUCGUCUGUUUGGUCACUUUCAUGACGAGAAGAGAAUCUUCUUAAUUCUUGAAUUUGCCGGCCGUGGAGAGUUGUACAAGCAUCUCCGUCGCCAACAACGCUUUUCGGAGGAGUUGUCGGCAAAGUAUAUUUUCCAAAUGGCUCAGGCGUUAGCCUACUUGCACAAGAAACACGUUAUUCAUCGAGACAUCAAACCCGAAAACAUCUUGUUGGGCAUUGACGGCGAGAUCAAGCUUUCCGAUUUCGGUUGGAGUGUUCAUGCACCUUCGAAUCGCAGAACGACUUUGUGUGGAACGCUGGACUACCUGCCACCCGAAAUGGUUGAAGGAAAGGAGCAUGGUGCGAAGGUUGACUUGUGGUCGUUGGGUGUGCUUACAUACGAGUUUCUCGUAGGCGCACCUCCCUUUGAAGACAUAUCUGGCCACAGUGCAACAUACAGACGUAUAGCCAAGGUAGAUUUGAAGUUCCCAAGCUUCAUCUCAGCCGAGGCAAAAGACUUAAUCUCUCGGCUCUUACAACACAGUCCCGAGAAACGUUUGUCCCUGGACCAAGUCAUGCGUCAUCCUUGGAUUCUUAAACAUAAAAACAACUGGGACCGACCGGGUGUUGAUCCCCAGUGAAGCAAUGUACAGUGAAUAACGGCUACUGCUUAUGCAGUCGAUUGUUCAUUACACGCUGUCCAGUACGCUGGCGCACUUACAUGCAUACCCGCUUUCCUUUUCAUUCCUUCCUUUAUUUACCUGUCCUUGAAACUCCCCUGUACUUUCUCCUAUCUCUUCAAACACUCAUUGGUAUGCCUAUGCCUCCGUGAGUAUUCAACUUCUUCAUUGUCUCUCAAUUUCCUUCCCCUUUCUUUCCUAACCGUUUUGUUUUUUAUUCCUUUCUUCCCGACUACAUCUUAAUAAACUAUAUGAAACAUGUUAGCAGACAACCCGGUCCGUGUUCUCCCUGCUCAUCGUUUUCCCACUUACUCUUUUCGAAUGGCCGUGUGUCUCGGAAACACGCUUCGAACACUUUGUUUACCACACGUUCGGCCUCUUCUUUGCUUGUACACUUUGGAUUCGCCAGCACAGAUUGCGUUGCUCUUCUUUUCACACACGCCUGGUGGUGUUUACUGAACGUUUUAAUAUUCCCCCCGGCCCACUCUUUGGUCCAACGGCACUCACCGCUUAAACUGCUGGCUCGAAUUUCUGCACAUGCAUGAUGCUCCAGAUUAAGCCAAUCAAUUUGAAACUGCUUGUCGUCGUGCAUAUGAAUCAUUUCAUGUGCCAAUGUAUUUUCUGCCAUCUUUUUGUUGAACAAAUGAUUUGCACAUAGUGUGAUGCCUUCGUCAGGCGUAUACCCGCCUGUUUGUUGUUCAUCACAUUGAACACACUGGACCAUGUCUUUGACUACGUCUUUUCCUCCAUUCAAGCGUUUAAUUGCAUCCGUCAAAAAAACACAAAUAGGUGAAUUCGAUAGCAACAAGUCUCGGAUCUUCUCACAGUCCAUUGCUGGAUUUCAGCAUAAGAAUUUGUGUGU